AUGAAGUGGUUUGCCUGCACCGCAUUUGCGGUGUGUUUGCUCGCUGGCGGACAUGUCGGUGCUUACAGCUUUAAUGAAAGUGGCAGUUUGAUGCUCUCGGAUGCCGAGAUGAAGGCGAUGCUUAGCGGGCACGAUGCCGAGGAAUUGCGCAAAGCAAUGCACGAGGCCGGCCAGCAGUUUUUGCAGGACAAGCAGACGAUGCGGCGCCGCUCGUCGCCGACCGGAAAGUACUCGCCCGGCCAUGUGCAGUGCCCUGAGCAGCCCAAAGGCAACAACUACGUCGGUUUCAUCCGCAACUCGUCGGACCACACCAUGAGUCCCGACGAAGCCGGGUACAUGAACAAGCACAAGCAGCAGAUUCGUGGUGCCUGGGCCGAUUGGCUGACACGCGCCAACAUCACAGGCGCGGGCGGUCUUCCUGGCUCCAUUGAUGACUUCUUGAACAAGAAUCAGCCUUCUGUCGCAUUUGCCAUCAGUGGCGGAGGCUACCGUGCGAUGCUUGACGGCCUGGCCAUGGUCCAGGGCUUCGAUGGCCGAAACGAGACGGCGAAGCAGCGCGGUGUCGGUGGUCUUUUGCAAGCGACUGACUAUGUUGCGGGCCUUUCGGGCGGCUCCUGGGCCACUGGCGCGCUGGCCAUCAACAACUGGGCGACGCCACAGUCCAUGGUGGACAAGUUUAUGGAUCUGAAAAACAACCUUAUUUUCCCUUCGGACAACCUUGUUUCUUUCUACUUGGAUCUCUUUCACGAUGUUGACGACAAGAAGGAUGCUGGCUUUGAAACUGCCAUUGUCGAUCUCUGGGGGCGUGCGCUGUCCUACCACCUUUUGAACGACACCAUGUACGAGAAGCACGGCCAGGCAACGACCAUGUCGGACAUCACGCGCACGCAAAACUUCAAGGAUGCCAUGUACCCCUUCCCCAUUGCGCUUACCAUUGGCCGCCAGCCCGGCGAGACGUGGGUGAACAGGAAUGCGACCUACUUUGAGUGGAAUCCGUUCGAGUUUGGCUCUUGGAAGCACGGUGUGAAUGCUUUCUUCCCCACCAGCUACGUAGGCACGCCCAUGAACAAUGGUAUGCCCGCUGCGGAUGACAAGCACUGCAUUAACGGCUUCGACAACUUUGGCUUUGUCGUCGGUAGCUCGAGCACGCUCUUCAACGCCGCCUACCUCAAGCUGCUGCAGGACAACUCGUCGAGCGUACUUAAGGGCGUGCUGAACUCCUUUUUCCACGACCUCGACAAGGAGCUGAACGACGUCGCGUCCGUGCCGAACCCUUUUACGGGCUACCGCAAAAACGAGAACCCCUUCCAGGUCGUGGGCGACGUGUACCUUGUCGAUGGUGGCGAGGCGAACCAGAACAUCCCCUUGGAGCCGUUAUUGCAGCCUGCGCGCCCUAUCGACAUGAUUGUCGCCAUGGACGGCAGUGCCGACACCGGCUCGUCCUGGCCGAACGGCUCUGCGCUGGUCGAGACGCGCAAGCGCAUGCAGCUCAAGGAAUUUUCCAACAUCGCCUACCCCAACGUCCCCGAUGUUGACACCAUCGUCAACGAAGGCCUCAACACGCGCCCGACAUUUUUUGGAUGCGACGGCUCGAACGAUAUCAUCAACAAAGACACCGCCGUGAACCCACUGCCGCCCCUGAUUGUGUACUUGGCAAGCUAUCCCUACAGUGCCUAUGCCAAUACGAGCACCUUCCAGCUGGGAUACAACCCCACAGACCAACAGAACAUGCUGGACAAUGGCUUUAAUGUCGCUACGAUGGGCGGCCAGAUGGACGACUGGCACGAGUGCCUUGCCUGUGCCUCGAUCCUCCGCCCCUUGCAGCGGUCUAAGCAACCAAUUCCUCAAAACUGCCAACAGUGCUUACAAAAGUACUGUUGGGACGGCAAGAAGAACAACACCAAGCCUGGUAACUUUACACCGGCCGUUGGCGACCUGCCCUUCAUCCAGUCCAACGGCAAGGAUACCGUCGAACCCGCCGUCACCGGCUCCAACGAGUCCUCCUCCGGCGGCGCACUGAGUGACAUGCUGGGCGAUGGCAAGGGCAAUACCACGGAGAACGCUGCUGAUGCGCUUCGCUUUAACAUUUGCCUGACUGCGGCCCUUGUCGUCUCGGCAACCUUGUACGUUGCUAGCCAGACCAUGUCGUUUUGA